CCGCUCACUGAGAAAACUUCAGCUCUAUAAUCGUCUCAUUUUUAUCGCAUUAAAAUUGAAAUUUUGUUUCGUCUGAAGAUGUUUGCCAUAAAAGCGUUUUUAAGUUUGCCAAAUGCGUUGGAUAAGGGCGGUGUGUUCUGUAUAAUCUUUUUACAGUGCACAGUUUGUUGAUGGAGAGAAUUUCGAAUGUCAGCUGGAACAGUGGUCAUCACAGGUGGAAUCUUAGCUGCCGUCAUCUUGCUGACUAUUGUUACGUUCCUGUGUUACUGUAGGCUGCAGUAUUACUGCUGUAGACGGGAAGAGUCGGAGGGGGAGGAGGCCGACGUCACCAAGGCAUCUCCGAGUCCUCCGCGACAACCGAGCCCACCCGAGAGUCCGCUGAGCCUUCAUCCCUUCCCCGAAUACGCCUCCUCCAAUCAGCUUCUAAUGACCGCCGAGCCUUUCGAAUCCAAUGGACCACUCAGCUAUCCUCAAUACACCCCGCGGAUGCCCUACAGGACCAGCCGCUCUUACACUUUCUGCCCCUCUUGCUCUGGAUAUCAGCCGCUUCACGUGAGCCCUCAGGAGGGCCUGCGUAAUGGAGGCGGCAGGAUCUUCUACAGGACUCAGGAGGAAUCGGACCUGCCCAUGGACACGGUCAGCUUAACCAAACUCGACCUCUUCCGCUCGGUUACCAUGCAGGACAUUCUGACCCAUCACAGCAUCAGCACUGAUGUGUAGCACCUCUUAUUCACCUGAAGUAUGUUGCCAGUCACACUGAUUUUAUUGGUUUAAUUCAUGUAACGUGUGGGAUGCUUUCAGUUAAGAUGAUCAAUGAAAACUCAAUUGGUGGCAAAGGCAUCAUGCUUUUAUAUAAAUGUUUGCACUUCUUAUGUGUAACGUAUAGGGCUUUUAAUGGCAUGAGAACUGGAGAAUAGAUUAUUUGGUAUUAUUAAUCACAUUUUUUCUGGAUCACUGGAUAUUUAAUGCUGUGGUAAACUACUGAUUCAAUUGUAGAAAAAAAGACAUACGUGCGGAAGACAGUCAUUGUUUUACAUUUAGGAUUGUGAAUUUGUGUGUUUCUUUAAUCUGUUGAUUGACAUGUUUUAUACAGUAAAAUUCGUGUGUUUAGUGACACUUUGAUUUCCAUUGUUUCAUUCGGAAAACAAGACAAAAUUUGAAAGAUUAUUUAUUAAAAAAAACUAAAUGACUUGCUAUCUUUAGUAUAUUAUUAAGUGUUUAAUUUAUUAACUCAUUUGAGAUAUGUUAACAUAAAACUUUUGCUAUGUGAUGAUGGUUCUUUUAUGCUUGUUUGGCAGGUUUGAGUUGUUAUGAGGCCAGCAAGUGGCGUCAACUCUUAUG